UCAGGAAGAAUCGAAUAACGAUGAUAAUAAUGAAAAUGGAGAUGACGUUGAUGAAAAUGGAAGUGGGUUAGUUUAUGAUGAGUAUUACAAUGAAAAUGAGGAAUUAACAGUCGCUCAGGAUUGGGAUUGA